UGCUUUGGCAGGUUACAAUGGCACCAUCUUUGCAUAUGGACAAACAGGCAGCGGCAAGACAUUCACCAUCACAGGUGGGGCUGAGCGUUACAGUGAUAGAGGCAUUAUCCCAAGGACGCUGUCAUACAUUUUUAAGCAGUUACAAAAGGACAGCAGCAAAAUAUAUACAACACACAUUUCCUAUUUGGAAAUCUACAAUGAAUGUGGUUAUGAUCUGUUGGAUCCAAGACAUGAAGCCUCCAGUUUGGAAGAUCUGCCGAAAGUGACAAUAUUGGAGGACACUGAUCAGAACAUUCACCUGAAAAACCUGUCACUCCAUCAGGCAACAACAGAGGAAGAAGCUCUGAAUUUGCUCUUCUUAGGAGACACCAACAGAAUGAUUGCAGAGGUAAUAAAAUCUUCUCU